AGUGGGCAGGGCCGGCUCCCGGCGCAAGAAGGAAGCGUCCGCGGUGCUCCCGGCGGCUGUGCUGGGUUAUGCGGUACCGGCUAGCGUGGCUGCUGCACUCCGCGCGGCCCAGCACCUUCCGCUCCGUCCUCGGCGCCCGCCUGCUGUCCCCGGAGCGCCUCUGUGGUUUCCAAGAGAAGACUUACAGCAAGAUGAAUAAUCCAGCUAUCAAGAGACUAGGAAAUCACAUUAUCAAAUCUCCCGAAGACAAGCGAGAAUACCGUGGGCUAGAGCUGGCCAAUGGUAUCAAAGUACUUCUCAUCAGUGAUCCGACCACGGAUAAGUCAUCAGCAGCACUUGAUGUGCACAUAGGUUCAUUGUCAGAUCCGCCAAAUAUUGCUGGCUUAAGUCAUUUUUGUGAACAUAUGCUAUUUUUGGGAACAAAGAAAUACCCUAAAGAAAAUGAAUACAGCCAGUUUCUCAGUGAGCACGCAGGAAGUUCAAAUGCCUUUACUAGUGGAGAACAUACCAAUUACUAUUUCGAUGUUUCCCACGAACACCUAGAAGGUGCCCUAGACAGGUUUGCACAGUUUUUCCUGUGCCCCUUAUUUGAUGAGAGUUGCAAAGACAGAGAGGUGAAUGCAGUUGAUUCAGAACAUGAGAAGAAUGUGAUGAACGAUGCCUGGAGACUCUUUCAGUUGGAAAAAGCUACGGGGAAUCCCAAACAUCCCUUCAGCAAAUUUGGGACAGGUAACAAAUAUACUUUAGAGACUAGACCAAACCAAGAAGGCAUUGAUGUAAGACAGGAGCUACUGAAAUUCCAUUCUACUUAUUAUUCAUCCAACUUAAUGGCUAUUUGUGUGUUAGGUCGAGAAUCUUUAGACAACUUGACUAAUCUGGUGGUAAAGUUAUUUUCUGAAGUUGAGAACAAAAAUGUCCCACUGCCAGAAUUUCCUGAACACCCUUUCCAAGAAGAACAUCUUAAACAACUUUACAAAAUAGUACCCAUUAAGGAUAUUAGGAAUCUUUAUGUGACUUUUCCCAUACCUGACCUUCAGAAAUACUACAAAUCAAAUCCUGGCCAUUAUCUUGGUCAUCUCAUUGGUCAUGAAGGUCCUGGAAGUCUGUUAUCAGAACUGAAGUCAAAGGGCUGGGUAAAUACUCUUGUUGGUGGACAGAAGGAAGGAGCCCGAGGUUUUAUGUUUUUUAUCAUUAAUGUGGACCUGACUGAGGAAGGAUUAUUACACGUUGAAGAUAUAAUUUUGCACAUGUUUCAAUACAUUCAGAAGUUACGUGCAGAAGGACCUCAAGAAUGGGUUUUCCAAGAAUGCAAGGACUUGAAUGCUGUUGCAUUUAGGUUUAAAGAUAAAGAGAGGCCACGGGGCUAUACCUCUAAGAUUGCAGGAAUAUUGCAUUAUUAUCCCCUAGAAGAAGUGCUCACGGCUGAAUAUUUACUGGAAGAAUUUAGACCUGACUUAAUAGAGAUGGUUCUCGAUAAACUCAGACCAGAAAAUGUCCGGGUUGCAAUAGUUUCCAAGUCCUUUGAAGGAAAAACUGACCACACAGAAGAGUGGUAUGGAACCCAGUACAAGCAAGAAGCCAUACCAGAUGAAGUCAUUAAGAAAUGGCAAAAUGCUGACCUGAAUGGUAAAUUUAAACUUCCAACGAAGAAUGAAUUUAUUCCUACGAAUUUUGAGAUUUUAUCAUUAGAAAAAGAAGCAACGCCGUACCCUUCUCUUAUUAAGGAUACAGCUAUGAGCAAACUCUGGUUCAAACAAGAUGAUAAGUUUUUCUUGCCAAAGGCUUGUCUCAACUUUGAAUUUUUCAGCCCAUUUGCUUAUGUGGACCCCUUGCACUGUAACAUGGCCUAUUUGUACCUUGAGCUCCUCAAAGACUCACUCAACGAGUAUGCAUAUGCAGCAGAGCUAGCAGGCUUGAGCUAUGACCUCCAAAAUACCAUCUAUGGGAUGUAUCUCUCGGUGAAAGGUUACAAUGACAAGCAGCCGAUUUUGCUAAAGAAGAUUAUUGAGAAAAUGGCUACCUUUGAGAUUGAUGAAAAAAGAUUUGAAAUUAUCAAAGAGGCAUAUAUGCGAUCUCUUAACAAUUUCCGAGCUGAGCAGCCUCACCAGCACGCCAUGUACUACCUCCGCCUGCUGAUGACUGAAGUGGCCUGGACUAAAGAUGAAUUAAAAGAAGCCCUGGAUGAUGUCACCCUUCCUCGCCUUAAGGCCUUCAUACCUCAGCUCCUGUCACGGCUGCACAUCGAAGCCCUUCUCCAUGGAAACAUAACAAAGCAGGCUGCACUAGGAAUUAUGCAGAUGGUUGAAGACACCCUCAUUGAACAUGCUCAUACAAAACCUCUCCUUCCAAGUCAGCUGGUUCGGUAUAGAGAAGUUCAGCUCCCUGACAGAGGAUGGUUUGUGUAUCAGCAGAGGAAUGAAGUUCACAAUAACUGUGGCAUCGAGAUAUACUACCAGACAGACAUGCAGAGCACCUCAGAGAAUAUGUUUCUAGAGCUCUUCUGUCAAAUCAUCUCUGAACCUUGCUUCAACACCCUGCGCACCAAGGAGCAGCUAGGCUACAUUGUCUUCAGUGGGCCACGUCGAGCCAACGGCAUUCAGGGCUUACGAUUCAUCAUCCAGUCAGAAAAGCCGCCUCACUACCUAGAGAGCAGAGUGGAAGCUUUCCUAAUCACCAUGGAGAAGUCCAUAGAGGACAUGACAGAAGAGGCUUUUCAGAAACACAUUCAAGCAUUAGCAAUUCGUCGACUAGACAAACCAAAGAAACUAUCCGCAGAGUGUGCUAAAUAUUGGGGGGAAAUCAUCUCUCAGCAAUACAAUUUUGACAGAGACAAUACGGAAGUUGCAUAUUUAAAGACACUUACCAAGGAAGAUAUCAUCAAAUUCUACAAGGAAAUGUUGGCAGUAGAUGCCCCAAGGAGACAUAAGGUAUCCGUCCAUGUUCUUGCCAGGGAAAUGGAUUCUUGUCCUGUGGUUGGAGAGUUCCCAUGUCAAAAUGAUAUAAAUUUGUCACAAGCACCAGCCUUGCCACAACCUGAAGUGAUUCAGAACAUGACUGAGUUCAAGCGUGGUUUGCCACUGUUUCCCCUUGUGAAACCACAUAUUAACUUCAUGGCUGCAAAACUCUGAAGAUUCCUCAAGGGUGGGAAAGUGCAGAAGGAUGCAUCCCUGAGCCUUCCAGGGGCUAGGAAAACAACCUCGGCCACUUUAAUAGUUUCUGGUUCACUAUUCGAGAGACAAACAGAAAAAAAAAAAAAAAAAAGGAGUUUGUCAAAUGUCAUUAUGUAGAAAUAGUAAAAAUCCAAAGUAAUUAAAUUACAAAAUCUUAUAGAUGUAGAAUAUUUUUUAAAUACAUGCCUCUUAAAUAUUUUAAAAUUUUUCUUUCCAUUACUAAGAGAAAUUUCCCUUCUAUAACAGUACUUAAAAUGAUGAAUGAUAUUCCUAUAGAAUCUUCCCUUCCCUAUUCCGUAAAAUAGUCACUUGUCAGAAGACAAUAUGUUAGGUUUUUUUUUUCCCUAAAAGCCUCCUAGGUUGACAGAAAAGGCUUUAAAACCUUUAGAAAGGUGUAAUACCUUUUUAAAAACUGAUCCUCAAAUUUGCUUUCUACUUGGUGGUUUCAUGUAAGUCAAUGGAGAACAUUAACAUUGGGCAAAUAAUGAACAAAGCUAAAAUAAUUUUCUUUUAUUAUAAAUGAAAUUGCUGAUUACAUAAGGCAUGGUUUUAAUCUUUUUAUAAAAUUUGAACAUGUUUUUUAUUCAAACUAGUAAAAUGCUGGAAAACCCUAGAACACCCUACUUAUUUACAACAUUAGAAAUAUAGACUUACCUUACAUCAAUUUUGUCCCAAACUGAAUUUCUCAGGAUUACUGUGAUUUGUUUCUUUCUGAUUGAAUUAUUUUGACAUUCUUGUUCAUAGUUGGUUUGCAGUGUUCCAUCAGUUUUACCUUUUCCCAUCAAAAACAUUUAUUGUAUUUAUUUAAUGAGUACAAAUAGGGUCAACUCCAGAUCCCACUGAGUGUGUGACAUGCUUUUCCAACAUCAGCUAUUAUAAACACUUGUAACUUUUUACUGCCAUGAUAUUGCAGUCGGUGUAUGAACCGAAAUAUUUGCCCCAUUAUGAAUUUAAAAGACAACAAGUACAAAGCCACCUUUUUGAAGGUAUAAAAAAAUAAAGCCUUGAUUCUUAAAUAGCGUCAUCUCCAGAAGACUCUAAAAUCCCUUUUUGCUACCAGUCUAAUAUUGCCUUAAGUGUUAAGUUAUUUUUUGAAUAUAUAAAUAUAAACAUACAAACAGAGAUGAAGACUGGAGUGGACUUUUAAAAACUAUUUUUUUCAUGAGAUACUAUUUUAGAUGAAAUUGUUACUGUAGAUUUAACAGCUGUUUUGAAAUAUUUACUGUUGUUCAACCUUGCUUCAAGAGAAAUUGUGAAUAUCCUUCCACACCCAGGCACUAGUAACAGUACGUGGCCCCAUUGUCCACUAACUCAGGCAAAGAACAGGAUGGCAUUCUACAAUGACAUCUUACCUCUACGGGAGUGAUUGGCCAGGACUUCUUUCUGUAGAGUCAUGUCUUUUCACACCUUAGGUUUUCACAUUUGCCAUUUCCCGGAUAAUCUACAUUUGGGGCAAGAAUGAUAGAAUCACACCUGUGGAGGCUGCUUUCGAAAGCGGGGCUCCAUUUCCACUGUCAGAUAAACGUGGUGCUGUACCCGUCUUUUUACCCCUACCUGCAGGAGCUUCCUUGUGGGAAGCCUGUCUUUGUCCAUCAGAAGGUGCGUGAGCCAUCACUUCCUUCUGGUUUUAUGCAUUUGUAGACUAUGCAGCUUUUCAUGAAACUGCAAAUAUAUACAAGAGGGAUCUAAAAUUAGCCCUGAGUGUUUAAAUCCACCACUGUAAGAGUAAAUAAUCCACCUACCUUUUCUGUGGAGAAUUAUGUGCUAUGGAGUAAUUUUUAGCUCUUUUAAAAAAAAAAAUGGGUGAAAUUUAACAGUGUCAUUUUUAUGAGAAAGUCACAUGAAGAAAUCUGAAAGGAAUCUCAUGUAGUCUUCCAGGAACCUGGAUUGUUGUGCAAGGUGUUCCAGCAUCGUCCGGUUGCCACAUCGGAUCUCGAGCUGCUGUUGGAUCACUCAGGCAUACCAAUGGAUUCAUUGAAAUGGGUCCACGCUGCAGUCCAUGAGCAAUAACAGACUAUCCCGGAUACUGCUGUUUACUCAGUGCUUAGUAAAUGAGAUUUGUGGGAAACAAACUAAGUUAUUACUUACGACUUUUUAAAAAAGUCUUCUUUUCGCCUAGUUGAUGUGGAAGGGAGAGCAUGUGACACAGCCAGUAUGGUGGAGUGCUAGGGUAAUCCUGUUUACAAUAAAUUGCCUGAAUUUAACCUCUGGCGUUUGCAUUUGUAUUAUUUUUACAGAUUUAGUGGCCAGCCUACCUCUCAACAUCCCGAUUUGACAAUAUUUCUUGCUUUCAUUAUUCCUAAUGCAGAAAGCAGUGAAUUGGUUUUUUGGAAAAAAAAAAAAAAAUUUCUCCUUUUUUUUUUUAGUGUAUCUGGGUGACAGUGAUUUAGUCAAAUAAAUGGUUCGAUUUCACACUCAUAAGAGUAGAUCGCUUUUGUCAAAGGAAUCUUGGUGUGAGAGGCUGAGCUCCUUGCUGUGUGUAUUGUCACUGACCCCAAACCCAGAAAGAUUUGUCCUUGGCAUUCCAGGGAGAAAAAAAAAGAGUAGAGAAAAACAAAAAUAUUUCCUCUACAGCUAGUUUUGCAUCUUCUUGCCACAUGUCCAGCAGCAGGUUAGGCAGAUAUUUUGUCCAAUUACUGGCCUCUGACGCCCUGCCAAGAUCAUCUUGCUACUAACGUGGUUGCCAGCUGGCUUACAUGGGCAUUUCAAGAGGAAAUGCGCUCAUUCCUCACUUUGCAGCCUAGACAAUGGUGCAGCCCACACAGUCAGCACUGUGCUCAGGGAUGAUGCAGCAGCCCUCUCCAGAGGCCCAGGGCAGCCCCAGGUUUUAGGGCGUGGGGCAGUGUUCCCCUCGCACAGUGCAUGGAGGGUAUCGUGUGAGCUCCUUACCAUAUUCUCUAAUACAGCUUUGCAGAAUGUUUAGGUCUAUGGUGAAAACAAAGGAUUCUCACAUACUCACCUCCCCUUUGUAGGGGUGGUUCCUACCCUCCUAAUCUUUCCCUGGCAGGGCCUUUGACCAGUCGGCUCUGGAUCCCAGGUACUCCGUGCUGCCCGUCAAAUGAAGUCGAUUGUCCCUGUCAACCUGAACACUGUCCGCCCCGAAGUUUCUUGUGUCAGCGCCCGUUGGUGCCCUGAAAUGCUGUUCUCACCCAAGGCCAGCUCUUCAAAGAUAUUAUGGCAUUUUGGACCACUCAUGCCCUAAAAGAACAUUAACCUCACAAAGUACUUCAUAGAUUGCAGACCGCCCUCACAGACUUCUUCCACAAAAAUCUUUUGAUACGGAAGGACAGUGAUUACAAAUUAUCUUCAUCAUGCCAGUUUUUCAGGGGUGGGAAUAGGCUCAGAAAGGCUAAACCUUUGGCCCAGGACCGUGCAGGAAGCACAGAUUGAAAUCUCCACUCUGAUCUCUAAACUUGAGACCUCAUCGUUCCAUGUGGAUUUCCUAUAAUAAGAGCUACCAAGUCCAUGAAUGUACUCGUGGAACAAAGUAGAAAAGCAUUUGCUUUUGCAUUUGUAUGAAACUUCACCAUUUUCAUAUGUACCAUCUUAGUCUCCCAACCUUUGCCUGUCUUGGAGGGAGUGAGACCAGAUCUCACAGUGGAGGCGUCUGUCCAAUCCGUGGUGGUUUCUGCUCUGCUGGGCUGUCUAGUGUCCCUGUACUCGGGUUAAUCCAGACCAUGCCUCCUGGCCUACUAAACCCUUAAGUAAAUGCAGGCUCUCCUUUCUGGUGCUGCUGGAGUGAUGAGAGUCUCUGGGAUCCUUUAAGAAAUCGAGGAAAGGAGUGCGAGGAAAAGUCCAGUUCACCUGUGACACCAGCCCUCAGAGACAACCACAUUUAGCUCACGGGGCUGUUUUGCAGUUUUUUUCCUAUGCAAACAGGAUGGGGUCAUAGAUUCAGUGUUGCAGCCUUUUCCUUCAAUCGUCUAUACUGAAAUUUUUCCACGUAGAUACUCUUGAGGAAAAAAUGUGAUUUCGUUUUUGUUGUUGGGUGUUUGGUGUCAUGUACUGUCGUUUGUUUAUCAGAUCCUCUUUGUAGGAUGUUUAGGUUGUUUUCAAACUUUGAUGCGUGAUAAAGCUCCUUGUGCUGAA